AUGCUCAUCAAGGAAUUCAUCUAAGUUGGUGCCUUGGAGGUCGAAAUGGUUUGUCAUUUAUUUGUGUCAUUUCCUACGUUCACUUUCACUAAACCGCCACGUAGAGCUCAGUUCGUUCUUGGAUUAAGGGAAAAUUGCAGUUUUAGUGGCAAAGUUAGAUGUAUUGCUGCUCAAACCAAUGCUAAUGAAAAUAUUGUGAGACGAUCUGCAAAUUACCAACCUCCCAUUUGGGAUUAUGAUUUUGUGCAAUCACUCACUAGUGAAUUUAAGGGAGAAGUGUACACAAAACGGAUUAGCAAGCUGAAGGAAGAAGUGAGGAUUAUGCUUAACCAACCCAUCAAUAAUUUGAAUCAACUCGAAUUAAUUGAUACCUUGCAGAGACUCGGAAUAGCUUAUCACUUUGAAGAUGAAAUAAAGAGACAGUUGAUGGGUAUUUACAAUCGUAAACGAACCGGAGUUGCAGGGACGGAGGGUUUACAUGCUAUAGCUCUGAAGGUUUUAGACUUCUACGGCAGCAUGGCUACACCAUAUUCUCAAG